AUGCCGCCGGCCAGCAUGCUCCAAAUGCCGGACUCUGACCAGCAGGCCAACUGGGCCGACCUCGUCAAGGCGCACGUGCUGGUCGUCAAGGCGUUUCUCGUCGACUCCGACCUGGAAGCCGCCCUCGAGCAGGCCAUCAACAUGGUCCUGUCUCUGGUGCGCAUCGCCCAGAAAGAGGACGGCUGGAUCUGUUUGCCGCUCAUGACGGCCACCUCGGAGCUGCGCCAACUCGGGUGCAUGUACUGGAACAUGAAGAACGGCGAAAUAACCCUGAAAAACGACACCGUGCCGCUCGACGAGAGACUCGUGGACGUGCUGCAAAAGCCGUUCAAGACCUGUCUCACAGACAAGUCCGACACGCUCGCGCGCUCCAAGAAGCAGUACGUGUACUUUUUCGCCAACGAGGUGCUGCGCUGCUACUUCAAGUUCGCCAAGUACGAGGCUGCGUCCAAUCUGUCCAAAGUGCUCAGCAAGGCGCCCAAUCUGCCCGCUCUGGACCGUUCGCCCAAGUCGCACCUCGUCAAUUUCCACUACUACAACGGCCUGCGUCAAGCAGCAGCAGCUCAUACUCCUGGUGCUGCUGCCCGUCAAGUUCCUCAUCGAAAAGCGACUGCCUGGAACCGAGCUCUGGACGCGGUACCCGCAACUGCAGGUGUUCUACAACCUGUUCCACAGCCUCAGGGCGGGCGAUCUGGCCGGCUUCGACCAGGAAUUGGCGGCGCUGCAGGGCCUGCUGCUCAAAAAACGGCUCUACUCCAUCUACCUGCGGCUGCGGCCGUUUGUCGAGCUGCGGCUGGCCCGCAGGGUCUUCGCCGCGACACAGAGCCACCAGCUGCAGCUGGAGGACCUGCGGCGCGGAUUCGAGCUGAGCGCGGGCCGUGCGUACGCGCUGGACGAGGUCGAGAGCCGGCUCGCACACCUGAUCGCGCAGGGCCUCGUCAAGGGCUACAUCUCGCACGGCAACAAGGUGGCCGUCCUGAGCAAGCGGCAGCCGUUUCCAAGUCUGGUUACCCGGACAUAGAAGAAACCCGGUGCAGCCUCAACGAGAUUUUACGUAUCUGUAAAUACAACAAAUGA